AUGUCGAAGAAACCCGAACCAAGUUCCGUGCGCGUACGACUAGCAACGCAUGCAGGCUCGUGGUACUCACAUGAUGAACAUGAACUCGACAAUGAACUCAAAGGUUGGUUAGAUAUUGCGAAGACGAAUUAUACUGAAACGCAGCACGGAAGUAUUCGUGCUCUUAUUGGUCCACAUGCAGGCCUUCGAUACUCGGGCUCCACGGCAGCAUAUGCAUACCAUCAUUUGCUUCAUCUUGAUCGGAUUAAACGCGUGUUUAUACUUGGUCCAUCGCAUCAUUUUUAUUUACGUGGAUGUGCUGUAUCAACUGCACAUGAAUAUGAAACACCGUUGGGCAACAUACCAAUCGAUCGUGAAGUGAAUGAGAAACUUGUGGAUUCGGGCAAGUUUGCAACCAUGUCAAUGGAUGUGGACGAAGAUGAACAUAGUAUUGAAUUACACCUUCCGUUUAUAUAUAAGGUUCUACAAAAUCGAAAAUUUACAAUUGUGCCAAUUUUAGUUGGAAAUACUAAAACGAAAAUUGAUGAAGAAUAUGGAAAAAUCCUAGCGCCAUAUUUUGAGAAUGACGAAAAUCUUUUUGUUAUUAGCUCUGAUUUUUGUCAUUGGGGACCUCGAUUUCGAUACCAACCACAUGAUUCGACGUAUGGUGAAAUACAUGAAUUUAUCAAAUAUUUAGAUCAUCAAGGCAUGGAAUUUAUCGAGCGAUUGGAUCCCGAUGGCUUUACGACGUAUCUCAAUGAAACAAAAAACACCAUUUGUGGUCGUCAUCCAAUCUCACUUUUACUGCAAACUAUUUUAGCGUCAACGAAACUUAAGUGUAGUCUCAAGUUUGUCAAGUAUGCUCAAAGUAGCGCUUGCAUGCGUCACGGUGAUUCAUCUUUCUACUUACCGUCCUAUUGA